AUGGUAGAUGUUAAUAGUGAAAUGAAAAAGUUGGCGGCAAUAAAAGCUGUUGAUGAUUACAUUGCCUCAGGAAUGGUUGUAGGUCUUGGUACAGGUAGUACGGCAUCACAUGCAAUUAAAUAUUUAGCUGAAAAGAUUAAAUCUGGAAAAAUAGCUGGCAUUAAGGGUGUUGCUACUAGUGAUACAACACACGAACUUGCCUCAAGCCUUGGAAUUACUUUAGUAGACAUUGACACUGUAGACUCUAUCGACGUGGCAAUUGAUGGCGCAGAUGAAAUUGACAUGAAUUUGAAUAUGAUCAAGGGUGGAGGAGGUGCGUUGCUUAGGGAAAAAAUGAUAGAGAUUAAGGCAAACAAAUUUAUAGUGAUUGCUGACGAAUACAAAUUGAAUAAGGACAAUUUGGGUUGCAAAUUUCCAAUUCCAGUAGAAAUCGUCAAAUUUGGACACAAAACAAUUUGCAAACAAAUAACAUCAGUAACUGGUUGCGACUCGUGGCAAUUGAGAAUUAAAAAUAACGAGUUGUAUGUUACAAACAAUGGAAAUUACAUUGUAGAUAUUUUAUUCAAGUAUCCACCACCUAACGUUCAAAUGAUUUCAGACAAAUUGAGAGAUAUUAUUGGUGUAGUGUGUCAUGGAUUGUUUAUUGAUAUGGCAAAUGAGUGUAUAAUAUGUGAUAAAAAUCUAAACGUGCAUAAAUUGGAUAAAAAUAAUGCAAUUAAUUAUUUUGGUUGA